GCGUGUGUGUGUGUGAGUGUGUGUGUGAUCCUAGAUACCCUAUUCUCCCUGUCCUGAUUCCACUCUUAAAUUUUUAACAGCGUUGUGGAACUUUGCUGGCUGUUGCCAUGACUCCUGGGGUAUAACGUUACAACGUUCCACAACCAACCUCAACAAAAACAAAGUGGAAAAUUGGAGACUUGUGCUGUUGCAUCUAAAUAACUAGCGCUUCGCUGAGCCCCUGGCUCGUCGGCACGCCAGAACUUUUUUGUUUGAGUGUUCUUUGCUGAGUUACAUGGGGAACUGGAGGUUCAUGGCACUGAUUGUGAAUAAACUAUAAGUAACGUACAGCUAUUGAGAUGACGCUAAACACGCAGAGAGACAGCAAGGAGACGCUACGGAGACGGGCGAGCACUCCCAUCAACCCGUCCCACCGGUCAGUCCCCAGAGACAGAGAUGGACCAGCAGACCCGCGUCACCCGCCGCUCGGUCAGUCUGCGUCCUACCAUCCCGGGGACAAGACUAUUCUCUCACGCAUCAACUGGUCCUCUGAGUCGGAAGAUUCCGACAGCUCUGGGGCAGACUGUCUUUACCGAGUAGUCCUGUUAGGAGACCACGGAGUAGGAAAGUCCAGUCUUGCUAAUAUCUUUGCUGGGAUACAGGAGAAGGAUGCAAAUGAGCACCUUGGAGAGGACACCCACGAGAGGACACUAACAGUAGACGGCGAGGAGACCACCCUUAUCGUAAUGGACACAUGGGAAACAGAAAAGCAGAGCUUUCAGCGCACAGUGCCAUGUCAUAUGGAAGAGCUCCUGUUCAUCUCCCCGAGUCAGGAGGAAGAUGAGAAGUGGGUGCAGGACUACUGCAUGCAGGUGGGGAACGCCUACGUCAUCGUCUACUCCAUCACCGACCGCUCCAGCUUCGAGAGCGCGUCCGAACUGCGCAUACAGCUGCGCAGGAUCCGCCAGGCCGAGAACAUCCCCAUCAUCCUCGUGGGCAACAAGAGCGACCUUGUGCGCUGCCGGGAGGUGGCUGUGGAAGAGGGCCGGGCGUGCGCCGUGGUGUUCGACUGCAAGUUCAUCGAGACGUCGGCCUCCCUCCACCACAACGUGGACGAGCUGUUCGAGGGCAUCGUGCGGCAGAUCCGCCUGCGCCGCGACAGCAAGGAGACCAACGAGCGCCGGCGGUCCGUCUACAAGCGCCAGGAGAGCGUCGCCAAGAAGGCCCGCCGCUUCCUCGACCGCCUCGUCGCCAAGAACAACAAGAAGAUGGCCCUGAAGGUGCGCUCCAAGUCCUGCCACGACCUCUCCGUGCUCUGAUGGCCAGCGUGAACUUUGACCUUGCCCGGCAAGCCACAGCACAGGUUUAUAUUCUCUACCAAAAAGAACAAUUGCAAAAAGGAGACUACCGGUAUUUUUGAUGGUCUGCUUGGCCACACACACACACAUGUGUUGUACACACACACACAUACACUCAUGCACAGACAAACAUUCACACACACAUAUACACGAGAAAGAGAAAAUAUUUAUUUUAACAUUACCAAACUAGAUUUUUCGCUGGUCAAUCAAGAUGACUGUAUUGGGUUAAAUACAUGCUAGAAACUCAGACUCAGUUUUUACAAGAGGGACCAAGAUGUAUUACAUCGCAACUUCAACAGAAUUAAACUUAUUGUUGCUAAACCGGCGCCUUAUCAGCAGUUUGACUUAUCUGUUUGAGAGUAGGUGUGACGCAUCUCAACUCUUUUUACGUUUUCUUACCUUUUCUGUUUGUUUGAAGGUAUGAGAAUGGUCAAAUCCCAGAUUUUUAACUGACUUUGUAUGAAUGCGUUUUUGAACUUGUGACACUGGAGAACAUCUUUUUUUACAUGGUGAACAUCUUUUUUGAUACAUGGUAUCAAAUUAUAGUGACCAAUGAGAGUGGGUCUCUGUAGUUAUUAUUCUGUCAUUUACUACCUGUAGCUGCAGCCUUCUGAUCUGACGACCUGUAAUUUCAGUAUUUGAAAAAUACAUUCUAUCUGUGAGACGCAGAACAGCAGUUUGAUCAUAGCAAUAGGAAAAGGUCUGUUGCCCAAAGUCAAUUAUUAACUUAAUGCUUUCUCCCCAAAACAAGCCAAAGGAAAAUCCUGAACUUUGCUUUACAGUGGAUAGAUUUAUUUUCCAGGUCAGUUGUUUUAGUUAAUUGGAACCUGUACCCUGUGUUCAACAGGUUCUACUUAUAUUUUCCCUACAAAAGACCUUGCUUCACACAGAUACCAUUAGCGACAUAGCAUCAGCAGUAGCAACUGACAGGUUGAGUGCAAGGCUUAGCUCUGUGGGUAUUUUUGCGAUGGAGCUGAGAGUUCGGACUGGAGGCUUCCACAAUGACUGAUAUGGUCCUGCCCAUGGAUAAUGGAAGGAGGAGCAGACCAGAGAGGAGCUUCACCAAUCACAGGGUAUAUUGGUAACUACAAGCAGAACAACGCUAUUACAUUACACUACAGGCAUUUGGCAGACGCCCUUAUCCAGAGCAACGUACAACAAAGUUUACUUCCUAUAUAUCAUAAGGGACACCAGAAGUAUAACCAGAAAGUAUUCACAAAUAAUCAUGAGCAUUGUUGCAUUUCUUAUCACCAACAUACUCUUUGAUUGGUUGAGUUCCUCUCUGGUUUUCAUGCAAAGGGUGACAACACUAUUACGUGUCCCUGGUCAAGAAUGGAAACAACUUCUCUGUCUCAGAAAAUGCAACUAAUCAGUAGCUCCAAAACCUGUGAUAAAAUCCCUGGAAUGGACAGUGGGUCCAAUGUCAUUUUACUUCAGCGCAUAGACAGUCUGUUCUCUGCCAGCUGUGGCUGUUUUGUUUGCAUUGACCUUUCAGGACCUAGUUUGCAGUGUCAUGUACAUUUUUCAGGAUUGUCACGUCAGACAAAAAAAAAAAUAUUCUGUUUCUUUGAAAAGUCGAAGAAAAGAAAGAGAAGAAGUGUACCCUUUAGGACUGUAACUGAAAUAUUUGACUCUUGGGUUUCAGUGUGAGCAAUAACGUUUUUUGUAAAACUAUUGUGUUGCUCUGUACUUUGGUAUUGUAAAUAAAAUAAAAAGACGUGUAUAUGACCAAAUAUA